UUUAAAAAGAGUCAAUAACCAGAACAAAUUGUCCUUUUAGGAAAUUUACCGACUCAAAGUAGGUAAACCAACAAAAAAAAGAAACUAUGUCUGGAAGCAAGCAAUAACCAUUAAUCGGGUAAUUAACGACUUAAACAACCUGGUUUAUCGGUCUAAUUGGCGUACUCCCUGUACAGCGUGUUUCACACAUCCAUCCACACCCCCCUACGAACGCUGACAUGAAUCCCACGGUUACACCGCGGAACUUCCGCGCUUAUCAGUAGUGGCAGCUUGCAUACGAUACAAAAUAUUGCCUCUAAGCAGAAAAACAAUGGUAUGCCUCAAGCAGUAAUUUGUGAGAUCUGUGCAAGUAAGAAAGGAGCGUAUUGUAUCAAUUGUAUUCAGAGACAAUGUCAAAAACACAUUCGGACAAUAAAGAAGCUUAACGAUGACCAAGUAAAUGUUCAACAAAGUCUCGACCGGUUGAGCAGAGAACGGGAAUUCAUAUUAAAAGAACGAGCAAUUUCUCUUAAAAAAAAAGAACUUGAGGAACUCGAAGAUUCUCUUCGGGAUUUGCGAUUCAGAGUAUCUACACUACAUUUACGAGUUAGCCAGCGCAAACAGAAACUCAAGAAUGAAUUGGACGGCGUUGCUGAACGGAAGCAAGAGUUGAAAACCUCGUCCCAAAUCUCACUAAGCAACAUUGAUCAGUCUUCCUAUCAAAGACAGCUCUAUGUGGAGACUCUUGGUACUCGUUUGCUAAGAAUUAGACAACACGUCUGUCGAAAGGUACUAGACAUGUUUCAGUUGAAGUGGAAUCUUGAUCUCAAAUCUCAGAAACGGGGUAGUGACGAAUUUUUAGAAACGUCGACAACAACGCUCAGCGCGAUUACAGACGGUCUGGCAAACACACACCUAUCGAGCAGCAUCGAGAGAGUUUCUCUAGAUAGUAGUGGUUCUCCCGAGCACUUCCUCUCCUUGGGAGUGUCUGUAGCCGGUGUGCCUGUUGUUCUACAAGAACACGACUCACUAGUCGUAAAUCCAGAUGCUGUUCUGGUGCUUUCCUUUUUGUGUGUACUUCUGGCUCAUUACAUGCAUACCGUGCUUCCGUGCUCGUUGCAUCUUCCUCAUCCUGGUGAUCGACAACAAAAAUGGUCUUCGGAAGCACAGUCGUACGCUGUAUCGUAUAACAUUGCUUAUUUAGCCUGGUUCUCAGGUGCAUGGAUUCUUUCGGUGGACGCUGAAGAAGUUCAAGCUCUUCAAACUAUGCAAAACCUGGGCUACCUUCUUGUGCAACUUCGUAUUCAGCCGUUCUCAUACACGAACGGCUCCUCACGUUGCUUUCCCAUCGACCAGAGCACUUUUUUCCAGUACAUAUCCAAUUCACUCUCCCACACCGCUACCCGGUGA